AAAUGUUAAAAGUAACUCAAUUAUAAUAUUUAUUUAAAUGUAAGUUUGAAAACAUAUAUCAAUAGUGGAAAAAGGAUGAAAGACCGAUUUCGAUACUAAUGUCGUUAAUGCGCAGUCAGCGACAGAACUCAGAGCACAGAGAUGCCGCUCCGCAUUUAGUCUCGUCGUAGUUAAGAGGUUAAAACCUAAUGAACAUUGUAUAGUAUUCAUUUUUAUUCGAAGCGUGAUUUAUUUUAUUUAUAGGAAAGGAAGUGUGAUUACGAGUUUGUCGACAUAUCCGGCGAUAAAAAUUCGUUUACAAAAUGCCAAUUUAAGUGGUGAAAACGACAUGCUAUCGAUUGAAAGCCUGAUUGGUUAAGCCAGUGUUCGAUGCAAGUAUGGCCGCCCUGCCAUCACCCACGCAGGUGGCUGGAAGCCAUACUGCCAUAUAUGAAGCAUAUUAUAAUCAGGUUGAUCCUAAUGGAUAUGGACGAAUUGGUUCGAUGGAGGCAGCAAGAUUUUUGAAAAAAUCUCAACUGAGCGAUGUUAUUCUCAGUAAAAUAUGGGAUAUGGCAGAUCCACAAUCUCGUGGAUCAUUGGAUAAGUCUGGUCUUUUCGUGGCCCUUAAACUUUGUGCGUUAGUACAAGCUGGACAUGAAUUAAGCAUGAACAAUUUAAAUUUAGAAUUACCUCCUCCAAAGAUGGGAGAUAUUCCUAUCAUACCACAAAAAAAUAUUUCUAAUACAUUACCAAUAAUAACAUCCAUUAACAAUGGAGACUGGUCCAUCAAGCCUAAUGAAAGAGCAAAGUAUGAUCAGUUGUUUGACAGUCUUCAACCUUCAAAUGGCUAUAUACCUGGAAAUAAAGUUAAAGGUGUUCUUAUGGACAGUAAACUUCCUUUAGAUACGCUUGGAAAAAUUUGGGAUUUAGCAGACAUGGAUAAAGAUGGUAUGCUGGAUAGACACGAAUUUAUAGUUGCUAUGCAUCUUGUGUAUAAAGCAUUAGAAAAGUAUGCUAUACCUAGUGUAUUACCUCCUGAGUUAAUGCCACCUGGUAAAAGAAAGGACCUUUCUUUGCUGGUAUCUAAAUCACCUGUACCUAUGACUAUACCAACGAUGACACCACCACCAAUUCCACCUUUACCAAACAUAUCAGCAGGAAAAAAUGUAUCUGGUCCAAUUGAUACGAUGAAGCCUAGUGCACAGCCUUGGGUAGUUUCAGCCGAAGAUCAAAUAGCAGCUGAUAAACUGUUUUUGCAAGCAGAUAUGGAUAUGGACGGAUUUGUCUCUGGCUUUGAAAUUAAAGAUGUCUUCCUUCAAAGUGGACUUUCACAACCUGUAUUAGCUCAUAUAUGGAGUUUAUGUGAUACAUGUCAAAGUGGAAAAUUAAAUAAAGAACAAUUUGCUUUGGCAAUGUGGUUGAUAAAGCAAAAACUUAAGAAUAUUGAUCCACCAGCGACUCUUAAACCUGAAAUGGUACCUCCGUCUUUGCGAAAAGGUGGAGAUCUUAUUAUGGAAAACAAUAAUAUCUCAGGAUAUUCUAAUCCAGAAUUAGAUAUGAUAAGUAAGGAUAUAGCGGAGUUAACACGAGAAAGACAUAGCAUGGAACAAGAUAUAGCUCAAAAAGAAGCUGAUAUUAAGAUUAAAAAUGGGGAAAUAAAAAGUCUUCAAAGUGAGUUGGACACAUUAGCUGCUACCUUAAAACAAUUAGAAAAUCAGAAGGGUGAGGCACAGAAGAGAUUAAGUGACCUAAAAGCACAGACAGCUGAUGUAGAUAGAGAUUUGAUUGAAGUGGAGAGCAAGAUUUGCAAGGAACAGAAGAAGGUUAACAAAUUACGGCAACAAGCUGAAGAACAAGAGUCAGUGUUACGUGCUCAGGAGGAAGAACUCAAUUCCAAACGCCAAGAACUUGAGGGGUUGAGACAAGAAGAACAACAGUUAGAGCUACAACAGCAUAAAAGCAGGGACCAAUUAAAUGAGCUUACGAAAAACUUGCAAGAUACACAAUUACAAAUUAGUCAAGCAAAAGCUAAAAUUACACAUUUGCAAGAACAACAGCGGCAAAUGAGUGAUGCUAUUGCACUUUAUGAUUCUGCACUUGCUACAGCAGAUGCCACUCUUGUACCUGAUACUAGUCUACAAUUUAAUCCAGAGAUCGAAGAUAUAGAGUACGAUGAAAAAGAAACUAAAAAUGUCAAUGAAGAAAAUAAAGUAGAUACAUUUACAAAUGCAAAUGGAACUGCUGGCGUUUUUGAUGGAUUUGAUAGUCAAGAUGCUUUUUCAUCAAAGAAAGCUCAAGAAGCAUUUUCUUCGUCUACUCCUGAUCCAUUUGGAAAUACAUUCCCAUCACAAUCAGCAACGGGUGAUUUUACUAAUGAUCCGUUUACUGCAUUCGAUAACACUAACCCUGUCAAGCAAGAUCCAUUUGAUCCUUUCGGAGAUAGUAAAAGAAAUGACCAGAAAACUGGUGUAACUGCACCAGCGGUAACAAAGGAUCCAUUUGGAGAUGACCCAUUUGCAAAUCUUCAUGCUCCACCACGACCAGAAAGUCCUAGCCCUGCUCUUCCACCUAAAAAAGCUAAACAACCACCACCAAGGCCUGCACCUCCACGACCAUCGCAAGGUCCAACAGGAUCUUUGAGAGCAGCCCCAGUUCCAGCUCCUCCUACACCAUCUCCCACUCCUGAUCCAUUUGCAAAUGCAAAUUCAGAUCCUUUUGCCGUACAACAACCAGUUAGAGACAACAAUAAUAUCAGUAAUUUCACAGGAUCAUCUACAGAAUUCGCAGAUUUUGCAAAUUUUGAUUCAAAGCCGGAAUCAUCGCUCAAUCGAACAGCGCCACCCAGACCAGUGAGUCGGCCACAUGCACCAGUGACACUAAUAACGAAGCUGCCGGACUUUACGGAAGAUCCCUUCAGGAAUUACCGAUACGAAGAUCCAUUUAAUAUAACAGACCCUUUCUCUGAUGAGGCAGAAGAUUCUAAUGCAAACAAAAAUACCACAACGAACACGGUGGACCCAUUUGGAUUUGGAUCUACAUCAUUAUCAAAUACUACAAAUUCUUUGGUAAAAGGAUUCGAUGCUGAUUUUGGUAAAGCAUUUUUUGACCGAAAUAAGAAUAUAAAAUCAUCUGAAAUUGAUACUUUCUCUAGUAACAAGACCAAAACAAUUGAUAUUGAUGAAGCAUUUUCAAAUAAAUGUGACAAAAGUGAAAAAUGGCAGGCACAGGAAAUAACGCAUAAUUUAAACGUUAAACUAAAUCUUAAUGAUAAUAAAAAAACUAAAAAUGACGUUGAUAACAUUUGGAAUGGUACUGCACCUCUUGCAUUAACAGAAGACGAACAGGUUGCUUGGGCAGCUAAGCAAAGUUUAAUAACUGAAGAGGAAAGACGUAGGCUCAAGGAACAAGAAGAAGCUGAAUUAGCUCUUGUUCUUGAAUUAAGUAAACGAGACAAAUCUGGAAAAUAAGAUUUCUUUUAUUUUUUGUUACGAUAAUUUAUGAUAUUGGAUUUACUGAUUUAGUAUGACUUUAAAUUCAAUGACUUAUUAAAUUUUCAUUAAAAAUUAAAGAUAAAGAAGUUAUAUAUAUAUAUUAUUUCCAAUUACCAACAAUGUAUUUGGAUAAAUUGAACAAUUUU